GCUCGUCCACCCUCACAUUCAUUCACGCGUUUGCCAAGUGCUACACUAUCCUUAUGUAUCUCUGGGACGCGGCUUGACUCCAAUCAACUGACUCUCGAACAAGAACUGGCGUUAGAAGGCUGCUCUGCGCGACAGGAUCCAAAUCCGCGUGCGCAGCUGACCAUCUUGUGUAUAUCCUACAUCGUCUAGCUCUCGUCAUGGACGGAACAGAGGCCAGCGGUGCUGGUCCAUCCCAAUUAUGUGUAACUCCACGGCGGAAGCGCACCUGGACUCCAGCAUCAGUAACGAACGCAUACUCAGCAAAGCGUCGUAGGAUAUCCACUGCUUCCAUCGAUUGGUCCGGCUUAGAGGAGGAAGUGAGCAUCCCGCGAGUGAACAAGAUUUCAACGGCGGACCGAUUUAUCACCGCUCCACAAGAAGACCCUGCACCUCUCAACAUUACGCCGCGCUCUAAACGGAUCGCACGCAACUUCGGACUGAUCGAGGAUCGCGUGCUCCAAUAUGCAGCGCCUAAGUCCCGAAAUUCACUAGGAAACGAGCUGAACGAACAUCGACUACAAGUCCAACAACUCUUCUCAACGACUCCUAAGAGAUCGUCGGCGUCGGCCGCACACCACCUUGGCACGCGUAAACAGUUCAUCCUCGCGUUGGAUGGACCAGGCAUUCCUAGUGAUCCGUUUGCAUAUCCUCUCUGCUGGUCGUCACGGAAUGCAAUCGCAGUCGCCUGCGGCCGCCAGCUGUACUAUCAAAACCUCGACAAUCGCGUCGUUACACACCUCGGUGCACUCAACGAACGAAGAGAGGGCCGACUGUACACCAUUGAGUGGUCGAAAGACGAUCCGAUCAAGCUUGCCUCCGGAACAACCACCGGCGUCGUGCAUUUAUGGGACUCGGAGGAAAAGGAGGUUAUCCGACGGUGGAAGUGUAGAGAUAGAGCGGAAGUAGGUGGUAUGGACUGGCGAGGGAACAUGCUCUCCGUAGGCGGCACCGAGGGCAACGUCGAAUUGUUCGACAGCCGGGCGCCCGAGUCUGUGGGCAUGUUGUCGGGGCAUAGUUGGAAGGUUUUCGGGGUUCGGUGGAGUCCGAGCGGAGACUACCUCGCCUCGAGUGACGAGAAGGGGAUCAUGCAAAUCUGGGAUGCCCGGGCGGGCAAGCCAUUGUCGGAUUCGAGCAAACUGGGUUGCAAGAAGAGGAGCGGUGGCCCGGUUAAGGCUCUGGCUUGGUGCCCGUGGAAGCCAGACAUUCUUGCAAGUGGUUCUACUUACCCCGAAGGGUCGAUCCGCUUCUGGAGCGUUAACGCGUCGGACGCAACGCUCCCCCAGUCAACGAUCCGUAUGGACACGUCCGUUACUUCCCUUAUUUGGUCGCCCCAUUGCAAGGAGCUUCUCAGCACCCACGGCUCGUCAUGGAACCCGCAUUCGUCUCAUUCGACUCCGAAUCUGCACGCGGACGAUGUCGACACGACCAUGCCACGCGGGCAUCUGUACACGAAGACGAAGUACACGGACUCCAUCACGAUCCACAGCUGGCCAUCACUCAAGCCCGUCUUGAGCGUGCCGGCGCACUUGCGCCCAGUGGGCCACAGCUGCCUCAGCCCCGACGGGACGAAGGUGUUCACGAUCUGCCCGGACGAGGAGUCAAUGAAGAUGUGGGAGGUGUGGGGGCCGCCGGCCAAGCUCGAGCCGCGGGAGAGUGUGUUCACGAAGUGUGGGAUACGGUAACGGGUGCGCUGUGGACUGGGUAAUGUGUGGACGCUGAAUCAAGAUGGACUGGCAGUAAGUAUGUCCAGGCUGAGCCUGAGCUACCCGUGUGUCUGUUUGCAUAGUAUAGCGCUGUCUAAGCUCUGUAUCCUAUGAUUUGUCGACAUCGUCUUGUAUGGUAUGGUGUAUCUUGGAUCCCUAGUUUUUUGGGGGGAAAUGUAAUCCAGUUAUUCCUCGCGUGAA